AUGUCUCUUCCAUUUACGAUUCUCCUACCAUUGGUCUUCUCAAUACUGUCACCUUAUUUCGUAUCUCUCACACACUCCAAUUUCGCUCGACUUGGUAUUACUAUUUCCCCAACACCGAGACCCACAAAAAAAGUAGAAGCCUCUACUGAUUAUGAUCUCAAGUUUUUCUACUACGAUCAGAAUCUCGACCAUUUUACAUUCACACCGGAAAGUUACAAAACCUUUCAACAGAGAUACGCCAUCGAUUCGACGCACUGGGCUGGUGCCAAAGCCAACGCACCAAUCUUAGCCUUUCUUGGUGAGGAAUCGUCGUUAGAGGGAGAUUUGUUCGGUGUCGGGUUUUUCCAAGAGAAUGGUCCUCGUUUAAAAGCCCUCCUCGUCUACAUAGAGCAUAGGUAUUAUGGGAAGUCUAUGCCGUUUGGAUCGGCGAAAGAAGCACUGAAGAACGCAAGUACGUUAGGGUAUUUGACCGCAGCACAAGCUCUAGCAGACUAUGCUGCGAUUCUCUUACACGUUAAGGAGAAGUACUCCGCAAAACACAGCCCUAUUAUCGUCGUAGGAGCAUCCUACGGUGGAAUGUUAGCGGCAUGGUUCAGGCUAAAAUAUCCGCACAUAGCACUCGGGGCAUUAGCAUCUUCAGCUCCUCUUCUCUACUUCGAAGAUACUCGUCCUAAAUUUGGUUAUUAUUAUAUCAUAACCAAGGUUUUCAAGGAAACGAGUGAGAGAUGUUAUAAAACAAUCCGUACAUCGUGGGACGAAAUCGAUAGAGUUGCUGCUAAAUCCAACGGUCUCUUGAUCCUCAGCAAAAAAUUCAAGACGUGCGCUCAAUUGAGCCGUAGCUUCGAUAUCAAAGACUUUUUGGACUCGAUAUACGCGGAAGCAGUUCAAUUCAACAGGAAUCCGGGUGAUUGGGUGACUACCAUAUGCAACGCAAUCAACAAAAACCCACCAAACCGUAAAAAUGAUGUACUUGACCGGAUUUUGGCAGGUGUUGUUGCCUAUCUAGGCAACCGGUCUUGCUAUGAUACCGAUUUGUUUGUACGGCCUUCAAACAUUAGCAUCGCAUGGGGAUGGCAGGGCUGCACCGAGAUAGUGAUGCCGAUAGGAUAUGACAAACAAGACACAAUGUUCCAAACGGCUCCGUUUAAUAUGACCAGUUUUAUUGACGACUGUAAAUCCAACUAUGGUGUUUCUCCUCGGCCGCAUUGGAUCACAACAUACUUCGGCAUUCAAGAUGUCAAGUUAAUUCUCAGAAGAUUUGGGAGCAACAUCAUUUUCUCUAAUGGAUUAGCAGAUCCUUACAGCGUCGCCGGAGUGUUGGAGGACGUUUCAGAUAGUGUAGUCGCCAUCAAGACAGUUAAUGGUACACAUAGUCAAGACCUCGGCUGGAGUAGAAACGAAGACCCGGAGUGGCUGGUGAUGCAACGAAAAAAAGAAACUGAUUUCAUCGACUCUUGGAUCUCAACAAGUGGCCGCACACUGGUCUCACCGAUUACAAUACCUGACUAG